GCCAAUUGGAAGAAACGAGAGAAAAAGGAAAGAAUUUGUGGAUUUGAUUCGAUAUUAUAUAAAAUUAAUGUUCGUGCCCAAGAGGGCGGGGAGAUUUAAAGCCCAAGGCGUGCCUCAGCGGAAUCGGAAGAGAAGAGCGAUUGAUUUACAGAAGAGAGAGAGAGAGAGAAGCUUCCGAAAACUGAAAGAGACAGUGUUAAUGGCGAUUUUGUCGAAGCCCUUUAGUCGAUUCACUCGGAGAGUUUAAAGCCCUCUUCUCUUGUUCUUCAAUUCUUUGUUUCAUUCGGCCCCAAGAUCGUCCUUAUCUGGGUCUCUUCGAUUUUCUUGACCCGUAUUUAAUAACCCUGAGGAGUUUCGUUUUUCAAACUUGAAUCGUGUUUCCGGUUUGGGUUUCUUUCGGUUUUCGGAGAAGAUGAUGAUGGAGAUGGAAUGGCCCUCUUGUCUCGAUGAGUACGAAAAGCUUGUCAUAAGGAUGAACACUCCCAGGGUUGUGAUUGACAAUGGCGCCUGCUCUACGGCCACUCUGGUGAAGGUUGACAGUGCUAGAAGAUAUGGAAAUCUCUUGGAGGCCGUACAGGUUCUCACUGAUCUAAAUCUUUCGAUCAAGAAAGCCUAUGUUUCUUCAGAUGGAAGAUGGUUUAUGGAUGUGUUUCAUGUUACCGAUCAGAACGGCGAGAAACUGACUGAUGAGAGCGUGAUUAGCUACCUCGAACAGUCACUUGGGACGACUCAUUAUCAGAGGAGCGAAGGGUUUAAUGGUGUUACCACGGCUUUGGAGCUCACUGGGACCGACCGAGUCGGUCUUCUUUCAGAGGUGUUUGCUGUUCUAGCUGAUCUGCAAUGUGAUGUGGUGGACGCCAAGGUUUGGACUCACAAUGGCAGGAUUGCUUCCUUGAUCUAUGUCAAGGACUGCAACUCGGGUUCCCCCAUCGAAGACAGACAGAAAAUCGACAUCAUCGUUGCACGGUUGAGGAGCGUCCUUAAGGGAGAUAACGACAUUCGUAGCGCUAAGACUUCGGUCUCUAUGGCAGUCACACACACCGAAAGGAGACUGCAUCAAAUGAUGUUUGCUGAUCGUGACUACGAGAGGAAGCCUAUCUUGAAGUUGAAUGCUGAUUCCCCCGCUGUCACGGUUCAGAACUGGACCGAAAGGGGCUACUCGGUCGUGAAUGUUCAAUGCAAAGAUCGAACGAAGCUGUUAUUCGAUGUAAUCUUUACCUUGACAGACAUGGAAUAUGUGGUGUUUCAUGCCACAAUCAAGACUGCAGAAGAACGAGCAUAUUUGGAAUUCUACAUUAGACACACGGAUGGAACACCGAUCAGUUCCGAAGCCGAAAGGCAGCGGGUUAUUCAAUGCUUACAAGCUGCUAUUCAAAGAAGAGCUUCUGAGGGUAUGAGGUUAGAGCUAUGCACAACAGACAGGCCAGGGCUUUUAGCCGAUGUGACGAGGACCUUCCGAGAGAAUGGCCUGAACGUGACGAGGGCUGAGAUCUCAACCACAAGAGACAUGGCUCUAAAUGCAUUCUACGUGACCGACGCAGUCGGGAACCCAGCUGAUCCAAAGCUCAUCGAGUCCGUUAGACACAGGAUC